AUGUCGGACAACGCAUCAGAGCUUGAAAUUCUUCAAAUGAAAGCAAAUCAGAUCACAGAUGAUUCUCUGGAAAGCACAAGGCGAAUGAUUCAACUUGCUGAAGAAAGCAAAGACACGGGAAUUCAAACUAUAGUGGCUCUUGAUGAGCAAGGAGAACAAUUGGAUAGAAUCGAAGAAGACAUGGAUGCAAUUCAUUCUGACAUGCGAGAAGCUGAAAAAAAUUUGACUGGUAUGGAAAAAUGUUGCGGAGUCUGUAUCUGUCCAUGUGCAAAAUCAGCAGAGUUCAAGGAUGAUAAUCGAGCUUGGCGAAACAAUGAAGAUGGAAAAAUUGUCAAUGCUCAACCCACUAGAGUAGUUGAUAACAGAAAUGGUGCUGGUCCUGUAACUGGAGGAUAUGUGCAGAGAAUUACAAAUGAUGCUCGGGAAGAUGAAAUGGAAGAAAAUAUGCAACAAGUGAGCUCGAUAAUUGGAAAUCUGAAAAACAUGGCCAUUGAUAUGGGUAGUGAAAUUGAUUCUCAGAAUACCCAGAUUGACCGAAUAAAUAAAAAGGCAUUGUCAAACGAAACUCACAUUGUCAAUGCAAAUGAAAGGGCUUCCAAGCUUUUGAAGAAUUAAUGUCACAAGCUCCAAAUUACAAGUGGCAUUAGGUGAAGUAGAUUCCGUUGUUUUGAUGGUGAUCUGGUACUUACAAUGUCGUGUAAGGGUCAAACAUAUCGUUUUUGCUUGUAUUCAGAGGGUAGAUUUUUUCUUGUUGAUUAUUCCUUAAAUCUAGCAAAUGUGUCAAAAUAAUUCUAUCUUCUGAGCACAAUGUUUGAUAAUUUGCAACUACCCAUUUGAAUUCUUUCAACUACUAAACCAAUCACUAAAGCUGAGCUUAAUCAUUUGAACACAAUUAGCAUUAUUGUAACAAUCUGCAUUUCAUUCAACAAUUUUCAAGUAUAGAUUUCAAAACAAUUCAUUAAUAUGUAGGUGUGUUUUGAAGCAUUCACCCAGCUCUGUUCUUACCGGUGGCAAGAUUUUUCUCAUUGCUGCUCAUUAGUGGAAUAUUUUGAUUUUUAAAGUCACAUUUUGUUAUCAAAUGGAGGUCUUUGGAUGGAAAUGUGUCAUUUCAAUUAAAUGUGGUACCUCCUGUUCCUCUUUAUCUGUCUUUACCUUUGUUUGUGAUGCGUUGUCAUUAUGAUACUGUUACGUGUAUUUCAGUUUUAAAUGGAUUUAUCAUUGUUUGCGACAUAAUUUAUUGCAGUUAUGUUUGGUUAUACAGUUUGGUGUUAAAUAUAUCCUCUGUGUUGUUUCUGCAAUAUGUGUUGAAUUUUGUUGAUGAGGAUGGAGUUGAGUAUACCUUCGUUGCCAGAAUCUGUUUUAUAUUAA